CCCCCUUUCUCCUCCUUCUUCCAGAGUCCUGCCUCGAAUUCCUCUGAGCAUGAACAGAAAGCUCCUGUCUUGGGACUCUUGGACUCUUGGCGGCCUUCCCAGGGAGGGGGAAUAAAAGUGGUUCAGCAUGUCCAGAGAUGUUGCAACUAGAAUGAGAUAAGAUUCGUUUCUCAGACCUGAGUAUUCUUGGCAUUGACAGAGGCUAUUCAUUAGCCUUUAAAAGUAACAUUCUGCCUAUGCACAGCAUCUUGUGAUAGAGCAGAGAAAAGCUGUUUUGGAUUUUUAGAAGACAAAAGGAAUUCUGGACAGUUUUGAGGCCUGGUGUGAUUAUUGAAGCCUGGGGUGAUUUCACAGACAAGAUUUGGGUAUCCUGUCCCUUCACCCUCUAACUUCAGGAAACUACAGUUCCCAGAACCAGCCGUGACGGCUUCAGGUGGCACCACAGCGCUUUAAAGGCAAGGUGCCAAUGUGGCCUUCCUUGCAGGUUUGCCGUGAGGCUCCUUGCAAAGAAAAGGAGUCCCUUUGAGAAACUGGCAUGAGAGGGUGCCAAGCCGUGCCAACACGCUACCCUACUCUGAGAUCUGGGUGCCGGACGACCGAGAGAGAGCUGCCUCUUGGCCUCUCUCCACGCUGGGCGCCGAAGGCAACAGUCUGUGAGCCUGCUUCCUCAAAAUCUUGCACAACCCUCUCGGCUGCUCUUGGCACAGAUUCAGAUCCCGCCCGGCGGAACAAGAGGCAGAGACGGCCAAAGCCAGAUGCAUGCCAGCACUGCCGGAGGUAGGAAGACUGGGUGUGGAGGAUUGGCACCCCGUCGCCUUGAGCACCCAGUGGACGCCGGGCACAGGGAGGGCUGGCUUUUGAGGGUGCCCAGAAUUGGGGUAUCAGAUGGGCAGAGGCUGAGUUUCAGCUGAACUGGCAGCAGGUGUCCUUUGGGGACGAAGAACCUAGGGCAGACCAGGGGGGUAUAUUGCGUUUGGAGGGCAUGCAAUGGGGAUGUUUUCGUGCCCAGGGGACCCUGGCAGGCAAAAAUGGUCUCCUUAAGAGGAGGGGUGGUUUUUGUGUGUGUGUUUUUUCCCCAAAGGCCAGCCCAGGUUUUCCAAGGAAAGGAGCAGUAGAGGGUGCAGAUUUCCUGGGUCCUGGCCCUGAGAAUCUGGGCGCAGGAACCCUGCGGCUCUGGGGUGCCUGAAGUCAAGGGGGUCACCAAUUUUGGACCUGCCAGGCCAUUUUUGGAGAGCAGGGACAGUCCGGCUGUAUUUCCAGGCCCCCCAUAUGGCAAAGACAAGGUCACAGCGAGGGUCCUCUGAACAGCACCCCUCUCUGCCCGCCGUGGUCUGGGUGGGUGGGUGUUUCCUGGGGGUGGGCUUCCUGGCCUGCCUGCUCGCUUUGAUCUGCACCCAAUGGCGCCUGGAAACUCUGCGCGGAGAGCUGUCACAGCUGCGAGGGGAGGUGCGAUCCGCCAUUCACGGGACGGUGGGGGGCCAGGACGCCCCCAGGCCAUGCCAGGUAAGCAGGAGUCGAGACGGGCGCAGGGGGGAGCCGGAAAGGGGCACAGCAAGAAGGGAGGUGGUGGGUGGGUACUGGCCACGAGGGGAAAUGGAUUCUGAUGGAAGGGACCCUGGGAGUCAUCUAGUCCAACCCCCUUGCAAUGCAGGAAUCUUUUUGCCCAAUGCAAGAUUCGAACCCACAACCUGUCCUGUGCUCCACCGAGCGAGCUCUCCCCAGGAUCUGCUCAUAUUUUCAGCUUGAGGAGCAAACUUCUCAGUGCCUGGGGAACCGCCAAGGAGCAAAGAGUUCUUCUGAGCAUGGGCAGAGUGCCUUCCACACACCAUGGUUUGGUUUUGUCUGUUUGUUUUUGACCUAAAUGUCUGGGCGAGAGGCAAGGCCCACGGAAGGCCAGAAGCGAUGUGAUCUUUGAAUUCUGGAGAGCUCUGUUGUUUUGAGCGUGUUGCCAAGGUUGUGGGUUCGAUUCCUGCAUAUUCCUGCCUCGCAGUGGGUUGGUCUAGAUGACCACCAUGGUCCCCUUCCAAUUCUACAAUUCGGUGAUUUCUGCAGGAAUCUGUCAAGGCAGAGUAUCUUAACAGGAUGAGGGCAAGAGGGAUUUCUGCUUGAGGGCAGGAGGAAGGAGAAUGAAAGAGCUUGGCAAAUGUUUAUUGAAUAUAUGGGGGGAAAUUGUGUACACCGGAAAACGUUGUCAGCAUUAAGAUAAAUCCAACCGUGUAAAUAAGUUUAGGUGACUCUAAUAAUGGAAUACUGAAUGGUUUAGUUUUUGUAAAAUAUGCAGGGCUUUAUGAUAUGCAAAACGAACCACGGAAAGAGAAGAAGGGAAGUCGUUGAUAUUAUCAGGAUGUUAAAAUGAGUGUUUUAAAUUUAAUAACAUUUUAAUAUAAUGAAAGAGAGAAUGGAAAAGCUCUGUGUUACAAUGGCCUUGUGAAAUUUUGGGAACUUCGGAGUUCCCCGGCUUCGAAGAACCAACUUUCCAACCCAACCCUGCAAAAUGGUGUGGAUUUAUUGAAUUGGGGUUUUAAAAAUGGAAACCUUCCCCAAAACAUUCCUUUCCCUCCUGUCCCCCCCCCCCCCCGCAAACCAGAUUUCUUUCUUUUUCAAAGCAAAAGCUUACAUUUUAUUCUGGUGGGGUUUUCCUCAAAUCCCAACUGGGCGCAAAUCCAGUCUGGGCAGAAAUGAAGGCACAGAUUCCCAGAAACUGCUCUGUGGUGUCCAAAAUUUUUUCAAAGAGGGCCAGAUUUGAUGAAUUGAUGGGCCGUUGUUAACCUUUUUUUAGGAUUGAAGUUGUUCUUGAGCUUUUUUAAGGCUUUCACCCCAAAGCUGUUAAGUUUUUAUUAGGACUGAAGUUGUUCUUGAGCUUUUUUUAGGCUUUCACCCCAAAGUUCUUAAGCUUUUUUUAGGACUGAAGCUGUUCUUGAGGUUUUUUAGGAUUUUGCCCCAAAGUUGUUUAAGUUUUUUUAGGAUUUUAACCCAGGAAACAAACUGCUGCAAUGGCCGGAUUAAAUCGACCGGCAUGCCGAUUUAAGCCCCCGAAACGGACUUUGGACAUGCCUGAUUCUGGGGAAAGGGAGAGAGAAGAUAGAAUAAUCCUCCAGGAAUAUGUCAGUUAUAGGAACAGCUCUUGCCGUCAGAAGUAAAUAAAAGAGGGAAAGAUCCCUCUGAGCAUGUGCAGAGUGAGGCCUUCAGUUCUUUCUUCCAAGCUGCUUUCCUCACAAGCUGUAGGUGGCCUGCCUCCUAAUAUGUGUGCGUGGGUGAGGAGAAUGCCCUCUGCACAUGCUCAAGGGCACUGUUGUUGUUCUGCCACAUAUUUUAAGAUUGGGUUUGGGGCUUGGCCUCCAUGUCUGACACUGACUGCAAACUUGCGGAGAGGACCCAGGAGUCCGGUCUUCCAGUCACCUCCCCCCUCCACUAGAUUCUCCUCUGGGGGGGGAGCAGAGAUGAGGAAUUUUAUCCAUUCUGUUUCUCUCAGUUUUUCACGUUUCAAGUCUUAAGUUCCAUUCCCUCAUCUGUCUGCGGUUUAUUUAUUUUAGUCCUCGUGGAGAUUCAUCAAGAAUUACAACUAUGCUGUUGUUAUUAUUAUCGUUAUUCCUAUCAUUUAUUCCUAUUAUUAACCAGCUGCCCUUCACCUUAAGGUCCCAGGGCAGCUCACAACAUUAGAAACAGUUUAAAUAAUCGCACAAAUAAGGUGGGUCGUAAAAAUAUACGCCUCAAGUGCCAAGAGAAGUCAGGACAAAGGGGUGUAAAUUUCUCCCGAUAUUCUUCCAUGCAUUUUUGCAUGUGAUUCUCACCAAAUUAUACCUGUUUUUACGCACCCUUUACCCCAGUAGAUGCAUUUUUGCAAAGAUUCCAAACAGCUCUGAAAAAUUUGGAGAGGCCCGAAUUUCAGAGAGCAUGCAUAUUGUUGCAGAAAGUACAGAUGGGGUAGGCCUGCCUUCUCACCCCAUCCCUUAUCGCAUCUUACCUCCUUUCCUUUUGAACUUCCUGUUCCGUAGUUCGCUGGAAAAAGGGGGAAUAAACACACACACACAGAAAACAUUGUCUGUGUGAAGACGGAAGCAGGUGUUCCCGUAACCUGAAGGCUACAAGUCCCCGGUUGCCUCUCCCUCCAUCCUGAGACCAGGAAACUGCUCUUAGGUGUGCCUCCUCUAAAGCAGGUUGCCAACUUCCCCCGACUGGUCCUGCUGCUACGCUCUUAUCCAAACCCCGACACGCAGAAAUUAAGCCGAUUCACCUGCCUUUCCAUCAUCUUCACGCCUGGGAAAAUUGCACAAGCCAUUUUCCUUUGCAUGUCAGAGAACUGUGCUGCUAAAAGCAUAGGAGCAUAGCCGGUGAAGCGAGGCAGAAAGCUGGCAACCAUUCUCUCAAGCGAGCCUGCAGACUUAGGAUUGCCAAUGUCCUCUUUUUCACGGCGAGAGCCGUCGUCGCGAUCCAUAGCUAAAAGUAGAAGUCGGCAAAUGUGUCCUCUUUUUUGCUCUUCGAAACAUGGCGGCCGCUUUUUAAAAUGUGCUUUUAAAAGCCUUGUUUUGCUGCUGUGGGGAAGGAAGAAAGAAAGGGCGCAGACAGACAGAGGCUUAUUGUGGGAUCAGCAUUGCUCAUGCACAGAGUUUUUCUUUCGUUUUGCCUUUGUCGCCCUCAAGAUGCCAGCCUGUGCUUUUUAUUUACCAUCAUCCGGAUUUCCUCUUGCUGCGGGAAAACCCUUUAUGAAUAAAACAAUACGUUACACAUCCACAGUCACCGCUGAUGUGGAAGCCGUGGUGCUAUUGUGGUGGGAACGGGUUGGGGCAGUUUGUCGUGUGCGUGGAGUAGGGUUGCCAGUUCAGGAGCAUUGCAAGACCUUGAGAUGUCAGGUCCCUAAACUGCCCCAAGUGAUGUCAUGGGGGGGCAGCCUUUGGAGACGGAGGUUAAUUGGGAGAGGACCCCCGCAGAGUGUCUUUGUAAAAACUGGCAUACUACAGAAGAAAAGACACAAUCCAGCUGGGGUGUUAUGUACUGAGUUGAAUAGGAUCCAAACUGCAGCAGUCUGAUUGGUCCUAGAACAAUAGGAUUCAGAAUGCAGCAGUCUGAUUGGUCCUAGAACAAUGCAGCAGUAUGAUUGGUUGGCAGGAACCACCCAAUCAUGCUCCAGAUAGAAGUGAAUCCACAACCUGAUUGGCUUACAGUAGAAUUCCGGAAUUAGCCAAUCAUGUGCAGCCCAUUGUGUAAAUAAUGUAUAUAAAGCAGAUACUGUGAGGGGACUUCCAUUCAUUCCUCCUCACCACUAUGAGCUGAAUAAAGAGCAUGAAAUCACUUUGCGACUCUGAGUAUAUUUCACUGGCGACGAAGGUGGGAUCCCGCUGAGCUGACUGCCACACACAGCACCGCAGCACUGCCACCUGCCGCACCACUGCCUCUCACCGUGUAUCCAGGCUUCAGCUCCGGGACACAAGGAACUCAGAAUGGCAGCCAACAGCAGCUUCUCGCCGUUCAACCCAGCAUCUGGAGACUGGGAAGCGUACGCCUCCCGUUUCACCUUCCUCCUAGAAGCCAAAGGGGUCACCGACGAAGAAGACGCCAAGAAGAGGGCGAUAUUCUUCAGCGUCUGCGGAGAGGAGACGUUUGAAAUCGCCCGGGCUCUCCUUGCGCCUGAAGACGUCGCUACUGUUCCAUACAAAACAAUAAUGGAACAGCUGAAGGGGCACUUUCGCCGCAGCCCUCAGUGGUGGCUCGUCGAAAUGCCUUCUACGCAAAGCGGCAAGCCCCUGGGGAAACCAUAACUGGGUUUGUGACCUCUCUCCGCCAAGCCGCCCGGUUCUGCAACUUCUCAGAGCUGGAGAACAUGCUUCGUGACCGCCUCGUCGGUGGCCUGAAGGAUGAGAAGCUGCAACGAUGCCUCUACGCUAAGAAGGACCUAACGUUCCAGGUUGCUCUGGAGGAGGCCCUGGCAACGGAAGCUGCCGAGAGGUCGACCCAAGAGGCACGGCCGAGCCUGCCGUCCCAACCGAGGGUCCACCACGAAGACCUCACCGACGAUUCAGGAUCCGACAGGGAGGAGGUGCACCGAGUACAUCAGCGCACUCAAGCAGCCCACAUACCACAGCUGCCUCGACGAGAAGGAGGGAACUGCGCAAGCUGCGGGGAAAGUCACGAGAGGAGGACCUGCCGUUUCCGCAACGCAGAGUGCAGGCAGUGCAGAAAAUCGGGACACAUCGCCCGGGUGUGUCGAACUUGGCCCACCCGACGCCAGGCAUCAGAUGACCAAUCCAAGAGCCCCAGGUCCUGGGGCCCAACGCACAAAGACAACUCGACGGAGCUCACGGACUUCCAGGUAUACCAGUUGCCCCACCCCAACGUAGAGAAAAUUUAUGUAGAGGUACAGAUAGAGGGGCCCCAUGCCGCAUGGAGCUUGACACGGGUUCAACUCUAUCCAUAAUCUCGGCAAGGACCUUAAGGAAACUGUGUCCUACUGGGGGUCCCAAACUCAGGCCGGCCCCAUUCACCCUCCGUGACUUCCAGAAACGUAAGGUCCCCACAAUGGGGGUGGGGACCUUCAGGGUGCAAUACCGAGGGCGGACGCGGCAACUGGACUUGCCGUGGUCAAGGGCCCCUACAUUAGCUUACGUGGUGCCCCGCAAGACGAACGCCUCGCAAGACGAAAAACUGGCUAGAUGAAAGGGUUUUCCGUUUUUUGAGCUGCUUCGCAAGACGAAUUUCCCUAUGGGCUUGCUUCGCAAGACGAAAAACGAAAACGUCUUGCAUGUUUGUUUCCUUUUUCUUAACACCGUUAAUACAGUUGCGACUUGACUUCGAGGAGCAACUCAUAGAACGCGGUGUGGUAGCCCUUUUUGAGGUUUUUGAAGACUUUGGUGAUUUCUGAAGCUUUUCCAAAACUUCUUUUAAACUUUUAAAACUUUUUUGGGGGGUUUUGGGUUGGGGUGUUUGGAAUUCAAGGACUUGGUGUUGGGGAGGGGUUUGCAAGAAUCUGGAAGCUUGUUUUUUUUUUCUUACAUUUUUAUGAUUUUCUGUGACCAUUGGGCCACUCUGCUGUUUUUUUAAAAAAAUUCUGGAUUUGAAUUUCUGUGUGGUGGGUGGCUGGGGGAACAGUUGAGGAGGGGGUUCUUCAGCAAGAAGCAAAGAGUGGAAGAGGAACCUUCUUCGAGUUGUCCCCCAGAGUCUUAGAAAAUUUACUGUACACUUUGUUGAUUUUUAAAUGUUUUUCUGUCAUGUUUAGAAACUUAAUUUAUUGUUCCUUCAAUUUUUGAAAUGCUCUUUACAGUAUGUGUGACUUUAAAGAGCACUUAUUAAACUCUUGUUGUACCAAAUUUGGCUUUGUUUGGACUUUUUUUGACCAUAGGAAUGCAUUAAUUGAAUUUCAAUCCAUUCCUAUGGGAUUUCGUGCUUCGCAAGACGAAAAAUUCGCUAGACGAAAAAACUCGUGGAACGAAUUAAUUUCAUCUUGCGAGGCACCACUGUAUUGGGAUUGGCAUGGUUUGGACCACUGGGGCUAGCCGUCACCGGGGUGAACCACACUAGCUUACAAGUGGACGUGGACGCCAUAUGCAAGGAAUUUCUGGGGGUUUUCGAUGGGAAUCGAAAACCCAGUGGUGGCCGGGGAUCGACGGAGAGAUAGAGGCCUGGAUCAAACACUGCCAGGCCUGCCAAGAAUCCCGCCCAGAUCCCCCAAGGGCCACAGUCCAGACCUGGGAGUCUACCCGAGCACCAUGGUCACGCCUGCAUGUGAACUUCGCUGGCCCCUUUCAGGGGAAAACAUUCUUCAUAGUGGUGGACUCCUACACCAAAUGGCUGGAAGUCGCACUGGUACCGUCCACUUCUACGUCCACAGCCAUCCGGGUACUACGCAGGCUGUUUGCAACCCACGGGCUCCCUGACACUCUCGUCUCAGACAACGGGACUGCAUUUACGUCAGGAGAAUUCCAAACCUUCGCAGCGCAGAACGCCAUCCGCCACAUCCGUUCGGUGCCAUUCCACCCUGCCACCAAUGGCCAAGCAGAACGCAUGGUGCGGACCACCAAGGACACCCUUCGCCGCAUGACGCAAGGGGAUUGGGAGUACCGCCUUGCCACAUUCCUUCUAGCACAGCACAGCACCCCCAGCUCAACGACUGGCUGGAGCCCCGCUGAACUACUAAUGGGUCGGCGCCUAGCAAUCAGAUUGGACCGCCUUCACCCCGAUAGAGCUCAGGAUGAGGUAGUAGUUGGGGGAAGGCAGGAACCCCCGGACCUUCGAGGCCCAGGACCCAGUGUACGCAAAGAAUUUUGGGGCAGGCCCAGCAUGGGUACCCGCCACAGUCACCAGGGUCACUGGCCCCGUGUCGUACGAGGUGCUAACGGAUGGGGGCAAUGCUGGCGCCGCCACUGCGACCAGAUACGGCGACGAUUCCCGGGAGAAAACCAGGAGGAGGAAAGGUCAGAGGAGUCCCAAGGGAACAGAGGGGCAAUGAGGCCCAUAGAGCAGGAGGGGCCAGCAGGAGAGGCAGAAUCAGUAAAUACAGAGAGGACCCGCGAGGCUGAAAGGACACCGGAACCAGAACCACGACUGAGCGAGCCGGUUGCGCCAGACCAAACAGCCCCAUCACAGCCAGCAUCCUUGGAACAUGAGCCAGAACCUGAACCCCGGACCAGGGAACACCACAGGCCGCAACGCACACGUAGGCCGCCGGCGUACCUCGAGGACUAUGAAUACGACCUCCUGGGCAGGACUGGAACUUAGAGGGGAGGGGUGUUAUGUACUGAGUUGAAUAGGAUCCAAACUGCAGCAGUCUGAUUGGUCCUAGAACAAUAGGAUUCAGAAUGCAGCAGUCUGAUUGGUUGGCAGGAACCACCCAAUCAUGCUCCAGAUAGAAGUGAAUCCACAACCUGAUUGGCUUACAGUAGAAUUCCAGAAUUAGCCAAUCAUGUGCAGCCCAUUGUGUAAAUAAUGUAUAUAAAGCAGAUACUUUGAGGGGACAUUCAUUCAUUCCUCCUCACCACUAUGAGCUGAAUAAAGAGCAUGAAAUCACUUUGCUACUCUGAGUAUAUUUCAUGGGGGAAAGACAACAACCACUUUGCAAAACUUAAUUAGCUCCCAAAGGCUACGGUUUGGGUUUUUUAAAGCCAGAUUUUAAGACCUGUUUUAAAAUUAGAAAGGGUUUGCCUUCUCUCGCCUGGAUAUUUUAUUUUAUUUUUGUGUGGGGGAACGGAUAGAUGGCUGAAAAAAGCCAAUAGGAUCGCCAAGUCAGGAUGGAGCAUCCCAGACCCUGAAAUUUCAGGGCCCAAAACUAGGGUAGGUCCUGGAGAUGGAAGUUAAUUGGGAAAGAGGGCAGACCUGCCCAGAAUGUCUGUACAGUGGUACCUCAUUUUAAGAACAGCCCUGUUUACGCACUAUUCGGUUUACGAACUCCGCAAAACCGGAAGUAGUGUCUCGGUUUGUGAACUUUACCUCGGUCUCAGAAUGGAAGCUGAAUGACAGAUGGGCACCGGCGGCGGGAGGCCUCAUUAGGGAAAGCACGCCUCGGUUUAAGAACGGUUUCGCUUUAAGAACGGACUUCCGGAACGGAUUAAGUUUGUAGACCUCUGGUUGCGAACGGGAUCCGUCCUGGAGGCCCAUUCGCAACAUGAAAAGAACGCAACUCACAGUCUGUGCAUGCGCUCGUUGUGAUUCACUGCUUCUGCGCAUGCGCGUGACGUCAUUUUGCGCGUCUGUGCAUGUGCGAGCGGCGAAACCCGGAAGAAACCCUUUCCGGUACUUCCGGGUUGCCGCAGGACGUAUCCUGAAAGAACAUAACAUGAAGUGGGUGUAACAUGAGGUAUGACUGAGGUAUAAUUUCAUGCCUGGCUGAAACUUGCAAUAUGCGUGCAUGUUGUUGUCGUUUAGUCGUGUCCGACUCUUCGUGACCACCUGGACCAGAGCACGCCAGGCUCUCCUGUCUUCCACUGCCUCCCGCAGUUUGGUCAAACUCAUGCUGGUCCCUUCGAGGACACUGUCCCACCAUCUCGUCCUCUGUCUUCCCCUUCUCCUUGUGCCCUCCAUCUUUCCCAACAUCAGGGUCUUUUCCAGGGAGUCUUCUCUUCUCAUGAGGUGGCCAAAGUCUUGGAGCCUCAGCUUCAGGAUCUGUCCUUCCAGUGAGCACUCAGGGCUGAUUUCCUUCAGAAUGGAGAGGUUUGGUCUUCUUGCAGUCCAUGGGACUCUCCAGAGUCUCCUCCAGCACCAGAAUUCAAAAGCAUCCAUUCUUCGGCCAUCAGCCUUCUUUAUGGUCCAGCUCUCACUUCCAUACAUCACUACUGGGAAAACCAUGGCUUUAACUAUACAGUGGUACCUCUGGUUGUCUUUGUCCAUGGGGAUGACAGAGGACAAGAUGGUUGGACAGUGUUCUCGAAGCCUCGAAUAUGAGUUUGACCAAACUGCAGGAGGCAGUGGAAGACAGGAGUGCCUGGCAUGCUCUGGUCCUUGGGGUCACGAAGAGUCGGACACGACUAAACGACUAAACAAAAACAACCUCUGGUUACAUACGCAAUUCGUUCCAGAGGUCUGUUCUUAACCUGAAACUGUUCUUAACCUGAAGCACCACUUUAGCUAAUGGGGCCUCCUGCUGCUGCCGCGCCGCCAGAGCACGAUUUCUGUUCUCAUCCUGAAGCAAAGUUCUUAACCUGAGGUACUAUUUCUGGGUUAGUGGAAUCUGUAACCUGAAGCGUAUGUAACCUGAAGCGUAUGUAACACAAGGUACUGGGAACUGGGAACUGACUCGGCCCCAGACACACUGACCAGAUGUUUGGAAGCUGUGGCUGGAUGGUUACGUGGGAGCCGGUUGAAGCUAAAUCCUUCGAAGACAGAGGUCCUGUGGCUGGGACGGGGCGAUAUGGGAUUGGGGGGGCAACUCCCAUCUCUUGCGGGGGGCGCAAUUAGUGCCAGCACCGUCCGUUAAGAGUUUGGGUGUAAUCUUCGACACCUCCCUUUCCAUGGAGGUGCAGAUUGCAGCUAUAACAAAGGCGGCAUUUUUCCAUCUCCGCCAAGCUAAGCAGUUGGCUCCUUACCUCUCUCGCCCUGACCUAGCCACUGUGAUCCACGUGACGGUCACCUCCAGACUGGAUUAUUGUAACUCGCUCUACGUGGGGCUGCCCUUGAGACUGACCCAGAAACUCCAGCGGGUGCAGAAUGCUGCAGCGAGACUCCUUACGGGGUCCUCGCUGCGAGAUCACAUUCACCCGGUGCUAUACCAGCUGCACUGGCUCCCGGUGGAGUACAGGAUCAGGUUUAAGGUGCUGGUUUUAACCUUUAAAGCCCUAUACGGCCUAGGACCCUCGUAGCUACGGGACCGCCUCUCCCGGUAUGCCCCACAGAGGAACUUACGGUCUUCAAAUAAAAACAUCUUGAAGGUCCCAGGCCACAGAGAGGUUAGUCUGGUCUCAACCAGAGCCAGGGCUUUUUCGGACGUGGCCCCGAUCUGGUGGAACGCUCUGUCCCAAGAGACUAGGGCCCUGCGGGACUUGACAUCUUUCCGCAGGGCCUGCAAGACAGAGCUGUUCCACCAGGCCUUUGGCCAGGGCACAGCCUGACUCCCUCCCUCGGCAAUCUUCGCGGAGCUCUGGCCCAAUGGCUUCCAGUGGCUUGAAUUAAUUAAUUUUAUAAUGAAUGAUUUUAGAGUGUUGUUUGUGCUGUACUUUUGUAUUGUUUUAUUGUUGUUAGCCGCCCUGAGCCCGGCUUCAGCUGGGGAGGGCGGGAUAUUGUGAUUGAAUAAAAUUUAUUUUUAUUUUUAUUAUUAUUAUUACCACUGUACGGACCUUUGUUGGCAAGGUGAUAUCUCUGCUUACUAUUACUAUUAUUAUUAUUAUUACCACCACCACCACACCUGGAGAUUGACGCCUGCCCCCUGGAGGCAGCCAGGCAAACCUGGCGAUGUCAUAUCAGACCUGGAGGACCCUAGUGUAGUGACAUUUUGGUGGGUGGCAUCCAUUGCUACUCCCCUCUUUCCACUUGCUCCUCACCUGAACACAACCACACCCUUUGCUUCCAAAGGCCGAAAAGGACACGGCCGUGGGAACUGACGGGAUGGUUGAAGGCAAAACAGCACUCUUUUUAAGCCAAACACCCAAGUUAACGCCAUUCCUCUCUGGUCUGGUUUCAGAGUCCUGGAAAUCUUCCGGAGAAGUCUCCCACACAUCUGGAAAGGAGGAGGAGGAGGAGAAGGGAUGCUGGAAGAACCCCCCAGGACUCACCAUGUCCCCGCAGUAAGUAGGCCAUUCUGAGAUUUGCCUCCUCUGAAACCACGCCCUAUGGAGGAAAGCAGAAUAAGCCAGAACUCGUGUGCCGUUCUGGUGCAUAUCGCUCAAAAUAAAGCUUUGGGAUGGCAAUUUCUCUGGGCGCAGGAACAGUCACUCCCUCUUCCCUCCCCACAAAAAAAUAAAAACCUUUGGGGAGAGGGGAGCAUAACCUGUCUGUGCACUGCGUCAGUUGGAUGCCUGCCUCUUGCGCUGCUAUUAAAAUCCCAGGAGCUCCCCCAAGGGGGAAAAGGUGGCAAUCAAAAGCCUUAUGAUGACAUAAAGGUAAAGGGUAAAGGGACCCCUGACCAUAAGGUCCAGUCGCAGACGACUCUGGGGUUGUGGCGCUAAUCUCGCUUUAUUGGCCGAGGGAGCUGGCGUCCAGCUUCUGGGUCAUGUGGCCAGCAUGACUAAGCCGCUUCUGGCGAACCAGAGCAGUGCACAGAAAUGCCGUUUACCUUCCUGCCGGAGCGGUACCUAUUUAUCUACUUGCACUUUGAUGUGCUUUUGAACUGCUAGGUUGACAGGAGCAGGGACUGAGCAACGGGAGCUCACCCCGUCGCGGGGAUUCGAACCACCGACCUUCUGAUCGGCAAGUCCUAGGCUCUGUGGUUUAGAUCACAGCGCCACCCGCGUCCCUAAUGAUAGGGGUUUAUAAAUUUGGUCCACUUUGUAGGGCUAUCUGUAAGGAUUGCUGAGCGACGGUGCAAAGCCAGGCUGCUAUUAUUAUUGUAUUUCUUUAUUCCGUAAAACGAUGGUGCCGCUUGACCGUGGAGAAAUAGCCGCGAAGCUCUUUGGGAAAAGGAUAAAGCGAUAAUAGAAGAAUGAUCGCAAUCUUUUAAGACUUUCGAAAAGUUGCAACAGACUAAAACUCUAAACACCUGGGUGGGCUUGUAUAGGACUUGAUUGUGAAAAAACAACAACACAACAGCAACCUCAUAGUCGUUUGCAAAAAGAACAAAACAUUGCUAUAAGGUUAUAGCAGAACAGAAAGUCGGCGGUUCGAAUCCCCGCGACGGGGUGAGCUCCCGUUGCUCGGUCCCUGCUCCUGCCAACCUAGCAGUUCAAAAGCACACCAGUGCUAGUAGAUAAAUAGGUACCGCUCCAGCGGGAAGGUAAACGGUGUUUCCGUGUGCUCUGGUUUCUGUCAUGGUGUUCCGUUGCGUCAGAAGCGGUUUAGUUAUGCUGGCCGCAUGACCCAGAAAGCUGUCUGUGGACAAACGCUGGCUCCCUCGGCCUGAAAGCAAGAUGAGCGUCGCAACCCCAUAAUCGCCUUUGACUGGACUUGACCGUCCAGGGGUCCUUUCCUUUUUUUUUAACUUCUACAACCACAGAAGACAGUGUUACCAUCCAACAAUUUGACCUAACCCCCCCCCCUCCAAGGCACAUUCCUCUGUUGUCUCCCAACCAAGUAAAAGCAUUCAAUGAGUUAAAACCAGUAAGCUAAAAAGGCUAAAAAUCAACUUUCUAAGUAUCUAGGUAAAAAGGUAAAGGGACCCCUGACCAUAAGGUCCAGUCAUGGCUGACUCUGGGGUUGCGGUGCUCAUCUCGCUUUAUUGGCCGAGGGAGCCGGUGUACAGCUUCCGGGUCAUGUGGCCAGCAUGACUAAGCCGCUUCUGGCGAACCAGAGCAGCGCACAGAAAUGCCGUUUACCUUCCCGCCGGAGUGGUACCUACUUAUCUACUUGCACUUUGACGUGUUUUCGAACUGCUAGGUGGGCAGGAGCAGGGACUGAGCAACGGGAGCUCACCCCGUCGCAGGGAUUCGAACCGCCGACCAUCUGAUCGGCAAGUCCUAGGCUCUGUGGUUUAACCCACAGUGCCAUCUGGGUAGGUUUGUGCAAAUGAAAAUGUUCUUGACAGGCUCUGAAAAGGGUAUGGUGAAGGUGCCUUUCAAGGGGCAGGGAGUUCCAAAGUCCUGCCGCGCUGGGAGUUUGAGUUCUUACGAACACAGCAGUGGUGCAAUAAUUAACUGUGAAGGGUGAAUAUUCUUGCUGUUGCAACUACUACGUUCGCAUUGGAAAGGGAAAUGAUAAGAGGGACGUGAUGGGGAAGACGGGAAGAGGCCUUAAGUUGCGUCAGGCCCUCUAGCAGUUCUCCAGAAUGUUAGAUUAGGGGACAUGGCCAGCAGUUAUUCUGUUGGUGAGCUAUGACCCUACUGUUAUAAGGGGAAGAAACCGCUCCCUUUCCCUUAUGGGGUAUUCCGGAGCCCGUAUAGAGUCCUUAAGUGGGUUCCCUAUCGGUAGGAGAAAAUAGCAGAGGCCAACCAGAGUAUAUUGAGAAGCAAAGCGGCUAGUAAGCCUGAUCUUUAUUCAAGGAACUGUUGCAACAGGGUCCCUACUCACCACACGCAGGAAGGAGGAGAACCCUAAACAGUGGUGUGCAUGUCCUUAUAUAGACACUUGAAAUUGCCCACCCUGUAGCCCAAGACCACCCCCCAAAACAUCAUGCAUACAUCACAGAAGGAGGCAGUCUACAGCAGAAAUCCUGUCUGCCAGAAUACCUGAUAGUGGUCACUGAUUGCAUUACCUAGGCAGUCUGGCCGUUGUUUUGUGAUGGUUAAUACUUUGGUUCCUGAGUCCAGGUCACAGGCUCACCCUAUUCAUACACAAAUGCGCCCUUCAGACAGGGUUUGCAAGCAAAAAGACAAUGGGAAGGCUUUCCCCAUUUGCCUCCCUUACUGCAAAGGAUUAUUUGAGGUCACUUUGGGAGAGUCCAAAUGGCUCCAGGAUUGCUCCCCUGUACUAUUUCAGACUAAUAAUAAUAAUAAUAAAAUUUAUUUAUACCCCGCCCUCCCCAGCCAAGACCGGGCUCAGGGUGGCUGACACCAGAUAUUAAAAACAAUUGAUUGAAAUACAACUUAAUAACUUGAUUCCAAGCCAAAGGCCAGGCGGAACAACUCUGUCUUACAGGGCCUGUGGAAAGAAAUCAGAUCCUGCAGGGCCCUGGUCUCAUGAGACAGAGCGUUCCACCAGGCCGGGGCCAGUGUUGAAAAGGCCCUGGCUCUGGUUGAGGCUAAUCUGACUUCCUUAGAGCCCGGGACCUCUAGGGUGUUGCUAUUUAUGGACCUUAAGGUCCUCCGUGGGAGAUACCGGGAGAGGCGGUUCCAUAGGUACAAGGUUCGUAUAUUUAGAUAUGUGUGCAUUUAUGAAUAUUUACUCUCUAUCUGAGACUUUAAAAUUUUUAUAAUACUUCCUUCGGGCGCACGGCGCACUCUCCCAGCUUUUACAGACACCUGUGUGCAGGAACACAGUGAGGGUCACAGCUGGCUAGACGGGUGGGCAAGCCGGGUCUCCCCCUUCCUGUUUCUUGCUCUCGGCCCCACAGAGCGAGGAGAGGAAGGCUGGAGAGGAAGUUGGAGGGGAAGUGAAAGUGAUAUUUAAAUAAAACAGCGGAGUAUGCAAAGCCAGCUCCUUUGUCCAGAGCCCCCUCCUGAGGAUACGUGGCCAUAGCUGUCAGCUUUUCCCUUUUCUUGUGAGGAAUCCUAUUCGGAAUAAGGGAAUUUCCCUUUAAAAAAGGGAAACAUUGACAGCUAUGUACAUGGCUAAGCAGAGAGAGGGCCUUCCUGGCUACAGGGCCCUGGAGUGUAGAGAUUUUCGCCUGAUGCCAAAUUUGGUGUAUUUUUGGCCCCGGCUACGAUAGCAUGGCAGUGUUCGCACUUUGGAACUCCCUGCUACUUGAAAUCAAGCGCUCUGUUCGGCGCCUGCUAAAAACAUUCUCAUCUAGACAAGCUUGCCCAGAUGCUUAGAAGGCGGAGGUGAUUUUAGUCUGUUUUAGCAUUAUGGCUUUUGUGUCCUUUAAAGCACGGUUGCAAUCUUUUCGUAAACUGCUUCGACGUAUGUGGUUAUUUUUCCUUACAAUCAAGCGGUGUGUACAUUUUGCCCUGUAUACCUGAAAGAGCGUGUGGCGCUGUGGGUUAAACCACAGAGCCUAGGGCUUGCCGUCGGCGAUUCGAAUCCCCGCAACGGGGUGAGCUCCCGUUGCUCAGUCCCUGCUCCUGCCAACCUAGCAGUUCAAAAGCACGUCAAAGUGCAAGUAGAUAAAGAGGUACCGCCCCAGCGGGAAGGUAAACGGCGUUUCCGUGCACUGCUCUGGUUCCCCAGAAGCAGCUUAGUCAUGCUGGCCACAUGACCCAGAAGCUGUACGCCGGAUCCCUCGGCCAAUAAAGCGAGAUGAGCGCCGCAACCCCAGAGUCGGCCACAACUGGACCUAAUGGUCAGGGGUCCUUUUACCUUUACCUUUUACCUGAAAGAGCACCUCUGCCUCCAUCGUUCAGCCUGGACACUGAGGUCCAGCUCCGAGGGCCUUCUGGCGGUUCCCUCCCUGUGAGAAGGGAGCUUACAUGGGAACCAGGCAGUGGGCCUUCUCGGUGGUGGCGCCCUCCCGUCAGAUAUCAAGGAGAUAAACAGACCUUCUGUAGACAUUUGAAGGCAGCCUUGUACGGAGAAGAUUUUAAUUUUUGAUGCUUUAUUGUGUUUUUAAAGUUUGCUAGAAGCUGCCCGGAAUGGCGGGGGAAACCCAGUCAGAUGGGCGGCAUAUAAAUAGUAAAAAUGUUUAUUAUUAUUAUUAUUAUUAUUAUUAUUAUUAUUAUCACCUGCCAGGAAAGCAGUCUGUCCUGCAUUUGGCUCCCCUCCGACAGUCCAACAGUGGUGAGUUUUGGUCUCUUUCUUCCAUGGAGCUGUGUGGCUUUGUCAUUCAGUCUUCCGACUGUUGUUAAGAUCUGUGUGGAAUGUGUGUCUUCCAGUUGUUCUGCCCCUGUGUACUGUUCUAAACAAAAUCAAUCUGCCCUUUUUCCCUUAUGGGAAACCUGCCCUUUUUCCCAAGAGCCCGUAUAGAGUCCUUACGUGGGUUCCCUAUUGGUAGGAGAAAAUAACAGAGGCCAGCCAGAGAAUAUUGAGAAGCAAAGCAGCUCAUAAGCCUGAUCUUUAUUAAACUGUUGCAACAGGGUGCUCCCCUCACACGCAGGAAAGUAGGAGGACCUCGAACAAUGAUGCGCAAGGCCUUAUAUAGACAUUUUAAAUUGCCCGCCCUGGAGCUCCAGACCACCCCUCCAUACAUCAUACGUACAUCAGUGCGCAGCCUGGGAGUCAUUUUGGACUCACAGCUGUCCAUGGAGGCGCAGGUUAACUCUGUGUCCAGGGCAGCUGUCUACCAUCUCCACCUGGUACGCAGGCUAAGACCCUACCUGCCCGCGAACUGUCUUGCCAGAGUGGUGCAUGCUCUAGUUAUCUCACGCUUGGACUACUGCAACGCGCUCUACGUGGGGCUACCUUUGAAGGUGACCCGGAAACUGCAAUUAAUCCAGAAUGCAGCAGCUAGACUGGUGACUGGGAGUGGCCGCCGGGACCACAUAACACCAGUUCUGAGAGAUCUGCAUUGGCUCCCAGUACGUUUCCGAGCACGAUUCAAAGUGUUGGUGCUGACCUUUAAAGCCCUAAACGGCCUCAAAGGCCCAGUAUACCUGAAGGAGCGUCUCCACCCCCGUCAUCCAGCCCGGACACUGAGUCCAGCGCUGAGGGCCUUCUGGCGGUUCCCUCAUUGCGAGAAGUGAGGCUACAGGGAACCAGACAGAGGGCAUUCUCGGUAGUGGCGCCCACCCUGUGGAACGCCCUCCCAUCAGAUGUCAAAGAGAUAAAUAAUUACCUGACAUUCAGAAGACAUCUGAAGGCAGCCCUGUUCAGGGAAGUUUUUAAUAUGUAACGCUGUACUGUUUUUAACACUGAUUGGGAGCCGCCCAGAGUGGCUGGGGAAACUCAGCCAGAUGGGCAGGGUAUAAAUAAUAAAUUCUUCUUCUUCUUCUUCUUCUUCUUCUUCUUCUUCUUCUUCUUCUUCUUAUUAUUAUUAUUAUCACAGAAGAGGUGGUCUACAGCAGAAAUCUGAGUGCGUUGUUUAUCUCGUCUGACAGAUUACCUAUUAAUGCUCACUUGAUUGGAUACCCUGGGGAGCCUGGCCAGUCUUUUGUAAUGAUAAAUACUUAGUUCCUGAGCCAGGUCACAGGCUCACCCUAUUCAAACACAGACAGACAUACCCUUAAGACAGGAUUUGUGAAGGAAAAGGCAAUGGGGAGGCUUUUCCAGUUUGACCUUGCAGAGAAAACAUUUGGUCAGUUUGGGAAUCAAAAAUGGUUUCAGGUUGGUCUUCCUGUGCUAUGUACGUGCUUGGUUGGUACAUUUAUGAACAUUUAUUAUAUAUCUAAGGCUUUAAAAUUCUUAUCACAGUAUAAAAAUGUGCAGUCCUCUCCAAUUCCUUCCUCUCUCGUUUUCUUUUAACGACACGAGACUGCAGAAAUCCGCCAUCAUUAACUUUUAAAAUCCCCCGAAAAUGCAUUCUCUAUCGCCAUCACCCUCACAGUUCAAAAACACUGAUCCGUUGUUUAUAAUUAUUUGCUGGCUCAGCUGCUGCAAUUCUCUUUCCAGGUUUCUUAUUUGUUGCAAUCGUGAUCGUUUUGUGCUUGUGCACUGUUCCGCUUCCAAGACUCUUUGAACCUGCAAAAGAUUUGGGGUGGACUGGCUGCUUCAUUUACGACCAGCACAUGCUGAAAUUCCUUUAACUUUUCAUGCCGUUUUUGUUUGAGCAUCGCACAAGAGUUGCUCUCUAAAUGGCAUUCACGUGGCAUCACAGAACAAUUAAUAAAUUUGAAUAAUGGAUGGAUGGUCCUGCAUAAAUUCACCACAGAUGCAUGGAGAAACUGCAGAAGAUAGUGUUGGCAAGAGAUGAAGUUCUAGGUGGAACAGACAAAAUAAAAACUGUCAAAUCAUUGGGCUUGGGUGGCAAUAACGCUCAAAGACCUCAAACGUGAAAUUGAUGGUCUUCUAACGAAAAAUAUGUAAUGUCUCCCUCUGAUUAGCCUGGAAGUAGCUAAUGUAACACCAAUUAAUAAUAAUAAUAAUAAUAAUAAUUUAUACCCCACCCAUCUGGCUGGGUUUCCCCAGCCACUCUGGGAAGAUUCCAACAAAAUAUUAAAAUACAAUAGUCCAUCAGAUAUUAAAAGCUUCCCUAAAAAAAGAUCGAGGGGCAAAUUACAGGCAUGUUAGCGUAACAUGGUGGAAAGUAUUGUUAAAUAUCUUACCGAUCAGCUGCUUCCUUUCAACACUCCCUUCCCUCUUGUUUGCCUUAGUGUCUGUUCCUUAGCUGGAGCAGUUUUUUGCUCCUCCUUUUCUUCCAAUUUCUCUCCUUGUUGCUUUAGUCUUCCUGUCUCCUCUCCUUGCAAGUUCGCCCCCUCCCAGGCAGCCUCCUUUAUUGCUAGCGUCCCUUAUCUCGCUCCCGAUCGCUUGCCGAUCAGCGGCUUCCUUUCAACACCCCCUUCCCUCUUUCUAAAAAAAAACAAAAACAUGAUCUGCUUUUCGCCCCUGGGCAAUUCGGCUCCAGGGACCACACAUUUGCUCCAUAAGACGUACAGACAUUUCCCCUUACUUUUUAGGAAGAAAAAUGUGUAUCUUAUGGAGCGAAAAAUACGGUAUUUUGUGUGGAGGGGGAAGCUUUCCCAAUAGUCCUUUUCACUUGCAAAACCCUUCAGAUCCUGUGUAAAUAGAUGAAUGGGGUAGGUCUGUCGAGAAAUACUUAUUUACCUUUUCAAAAGAAUGGCCAGGAUAAAGCAAUCGGCACUCAUGAUCAAGUAUCUCUCAAAUUUAUUGUUGUAGACAGUGUCUUUUCUGUGACUCUAGUAUGAUGCUUCUUCUGUUAUCUUUGGCUAAGGGGUUGGGGCAAUUUCUGAAGCUUUUAAAGGUGGUUACACAGCUUUUGUUCUGUGUUAAGUUGUGGGCGAACAUAUCAGACGACACAGCGAUUCUUCAAACAGCUCUUGUUUAUUCAAAGGCCAGAACAGAACAACGUAACUGUAGCAACUUUCUAAAACUAUCCAAUCACUGAACGUCACUUUCGAUCCUUCAUUUGCAUACAAACUAUCCAAUCACUGAACGUCACUUUCGAUCCUUCAUUUCCAUAACUAUCUACAGUAUCCCCCUGCUGGCCCAGGGUGAGAACUUCAGUACAUAACAUUCUGGGUCCUCACCUCCUUGCAAAGAGGGGGGGACUCUGUUGCAACAGAAAACAAAAAAUACGCCUCAUAUUUUACUAGUUCCUGCCUCCAGCUAUUCUUCUCUGAUUACAGGGGAUCUCCUUGAUGGAGAGAUGGGCUAUAAAAACCAACCCCAUUCCCCCCCCACCUAAUUUCAGAGGAUGGGGCAAGGGAACGACCAGACAGGGGUAAUGCCCCACUUGGAAAAGAAGGGGUGGCGCGCUUGUGUUAACUCAAAGAUUUAGUUUAUGGGGACAGCUUCACCCUUUGAAUGUCUGCCUGGCUUGGGAAGCGACCCAGGAGUCGUGCGUAAAGGAAAACAAAAGGUUGGCAACUCAUGGGGGGGGGGGGAUGGACUGCCACAGGUGAGUUUUAAAUGGGACGGCAGUGUAAUAAUCUUUUUCCUGUCGCCCGCAUUUUAGAAGAUGGAUUUGCCACAGAAAUAUGGUGGGAGCCUUUCCUCCAGCAAGGCCGAGCCCUGGAGCUCAGCGGACGGGAUGUGGUGGUGAGGCACAUGGGGCUUUACUUCGUUUACAGCCAGGUAAGAGGGCAGGGCAGGAUCCUGACCCUAGUUUGCCAGUGGUGGGGGCCACCCGGAUUAGGUAGGGCUGGGAAGGAGGAGGCCUCAUCACAACACACAAAUGCACCCUCUUCUACUGGGCUGUGGUACGUAGCUCAGUGACCGAACCAUCAUUUCAAGCCCCGGUGGCAUUUCAUAGAAUCGUAGACUUGCAACAUUGGAAAGGACCACGAGGAUCAUCCAGUCCAACCCCCUGCCAUGCAGGAAUAUUUUGCCCAAUGUGGGAUUCAAACCCACGACCUUGAGAUUCAGAGUCUCAAACUCUAAGGACUGAGCAAUCUACUGACUGAGCAGCAACCCUGGAGAGUCGCUGCCAUCCAGUCAGUUUAGACCAGGAGCAGGGUUCGGAUCCCUGCAUAGCCAUGAAACUUCCUGGGUGGUCUUGGGCCAGUUGCCAAUUCUUUGAUGUUGUUGAGUCGUUUAGUCGUGUCCGCCUCUUCGUGACCCCCUGGACCAGAGCAGGCCAGGCUCUCCUGUCUUCCACUGCCUCCCGCAGUUUGGUCAGACUCAUGCUAGUAGCUUCGAGAACACUGUCCCACCAUCUCGUCCUCUGUCGUCCCCUUCUCCUUGUGCCCUCCAUCUUUCCCACCUUCAGGGUCUUUUCCAGGGAGUCUUCUCUUCUCAGGAGGUGGCCAAAGCCUUGGAGCCUCAGCUUCAGGAUCUGUCCUUCCAGUGAGCACUCAGGGCUGAUUUCCUUCAGAAUGGAGAGGUUGGAUCUUCUUGCAGUCCAUGGGACUCUCAAGAGUCUCCUCCAGCACCAGAAUUCAAAAGCACCCAUUCUUCGGCAAUCAGCCUUCUUGAUGGUCCAGCUCUCACUUUUGUACAUCACUACUGGGAAAACCAUAGCUUUAACUAUACGGACCUUUGUUGCCAGAGCUUUCCAAACUUUUCAUGCUAGUGGCACACUUUUUAGACAUGCAUCAUUUUGCAACAUAGUAAUUCAGUUUCACUAGCAAACCAGAGGGUAGACCAGGGGUCUGCAACCUGCGGGCGCUGUACUGGCUGUGACGUCGCAUGGGGGCUGUGCGUGCGUUAGUCACGCACCGUCCCGACGUCACCUUCCCGCCCGCCCGCUACAUUGUAAGGGGCAUGUACGCUGGUCACUGCAUUGAAAGGGGGCAUGUACCCUGGUCACUCUUUUGAAGGGGAGUGAAGAGCACACACCAAAAAAAAAGGUAACUUGUUAAUUUAACGUUUAUUUCUAUGAGGAGGAGUAAUUCUGAGGGGUCAAACAAAGAAAUAAUAAAAAAGUGACAAAAAAGUUAUUUUUAUAAUGACGAGUUUUGCGGCUCCCAGGUUUUUUUUUUCCUUCGGAAACGGGUCCAAGUGGCUCUUUUUGUCUUAAAGGUUGCAGACCCCUGGGUUAGACAAACCCCUUUCCAGCCCCGGGAGGAAUGCAGGGAAAGUUGGUGCGACAGGUCCACACCCUGCAGCCGACACAAUCGCGUGUUGUGACACACAGAUUUGGAAAGCACUGUGUUAGCCCAACCUUCCUCGCAAGGUUGUUGUGAGGGGGAACUGGCGGGGGGGGAGAACCAGAUACCCCACCUUGGAAGAUAAAGGUGUUCUAUAAAUGAAAUCAAUAAGGAAAUCGAUAAAAUUUGUCUUCUUCUCCUUCUUUGGCGAUCACUCGUAGCCGAGUAAGAUUGUCUUCCAUAAACACGGUUUUCACAAUGACAUGAUAUUCACCACUCGACAGCUUCAAGAAAAAUGCAGAGAGCAAAACCAACCCCUGUGUAUGGCGUUAAUUGACCUGACGAAGGCUUUCGACACUGUAUAUCGUAAUGCCCUUCUGUCCUUCUGAAAAUUGGAUAAACAUUGUACACAUGUGUUGGGAAGACAUUUUUUAAAAAAUCAUUUUUAUUGAUUUUCCAGUAAAAACAGCCAAUCAACAUAUCCACAUCAUAAUCCAAUUAAAAACAAGAAACUAAAAUUUAAAAAGACCAAAUUGUAAUUAUUAAUUUUUCUGGGCUCCUGAUAGUCUGGACCUCUGAAGCAUAUCUCCAAAUCUUCAGUCCUGCCUCUUCUCGUUGUUUUCGUAUUUUCCGCCUUCUGGUCUUAACACUUUAAAGUUCUCCUUCGCUGGCUAUGCGAUUCUCAAUCGUGUCAAAAAUCAUAUGUCCUUUGAAAUUUAAAGUUUAUUUACAGAAACAUUGUAAAAUUAAGGAAUGUUAGAAGGAUGUUGGAAUGAAGUAAUGUGGUUUUAGCAGAGAUGUCGUAAAGGAUUAAGAAAAAAAAACAGAUUGUUAAAUGGUGAAAAGAGGGAAAGUAAAGUUACAUUAUAUUAAGAUAAAAUAGAGGACAAAAACUGGAAAAGAUGGAAAGGACUUGCUGAAAUAGCUAAUUGCACUAGAAUACAAAAAAGGGAGGUGUGAGGAGGUCAAGGAAAUAAGUAAAUGAAAGAUAAGUUAUGGGAAGAUUCAUUGUAUUUUUUUUCUUUCUUUUUUCUUUUUUAUUUUUUCUUUCUUUUUUUAUUGUGAUGAGAUGUUCUGCUCUUGCUUAGGAUGCUGUUUUUUUAUUUUUUUAUUUUUGUAGCUUUUCAAAUCUUAAUAAAUAUUACUUAAAGGCAAAAAAAAAUAAAUAAUCAUAUGUCCUUUCAUCCACCGAACACAGCUUUAUUUGUAAAUAUAUGUGUGUUGGGAAGAAAUUUGGCCCAGCCUUUUAAGGCUGACGGCACCACACAGACACUGCGGGAAAUAUUUGUGUGUGGGGAGAGCGAUGUUGAGCACCCUUCAGGAAGUGUCCGGAUUACACCCCGCUGCCUUUUGCCCUUCUUCGCCGCUGGGCCAGCGAAACCGACCCACACACCCCUUUUCUUCCCCCUAGGUGCUGUUCCAUGACCCCACCUUUACUAUGGGGCAGGUGCUGUGGCGGCAAGCUCCCGGGAAGCCCGGCCAAAUCCUGUUCCGCUGCGUCCAGAGCAUGCCCCCAAACCCAGAAAAGGCCUUCAACAGCUGCUAUAGUGGAGGUGAGAGGAGAAUCAGACCUGGCUGGCGGGAGGGAGAGAUGCUAUCCAGGACUCCUGGGUUCCCUUGAAAGGGGAGCGGGAUUUGGGUUGGGGUGUUGGCGUCAAAUGGUCUUGGGUUGCCACCUCUCUCCUGGGCAGAAAUCCACCCCCCCGGCAUUUUCUGGGGCUUCACCUGUUGAACCACGGCAAGUCAGUCAGCUGUCAAAGACUGGGGACAGGGGGGCAACCUUUGUGUAUUCCACAGGGCUUUAUGGUACUCAAGAACAUUGUUAUAGGGGGAAAACUGCUCCCUUUCAUUUAUGGGGUAUUUCGGAGCCCUCCUAUUGGUAGGAGGAAAUAACAGAGGCCAACCAGAGUACCGUAUUUUACGCUCUAUAAGACGCACCAGACCACAAGACGCACCUAGUUUUUGGAGGAGGAAAACAAGAAAAAAAUAUUCUGAAUCUCAGAAGCCAGAACAGCAAGAGGGAUCGCUGCGCAGUGAAAGCAGCAAUCCCUCUUGCUGUUCUGGCUUCUGGGAUAGCUGUGCAGCCUGCAUUCGCUCCAUAAGACGCACACACAUUUCCCCUUACUUUUUAGGAGGGAAAAAGUGAGUCUUACAGAGCAAAAAAUACGGUAUAUUGGGAAGCAAAGCGGCUAGUAAGCCUGAUCUUUUUUAACUGUUGCAAAGGGGUCCCCACUCACCACACGCAGGAGGGAGGAGGGACCCCAAACAAUGGUGUGCAAGCACUUAUAUAGACUCUAGAAAUUGCCCACCCUGUAGCCCAAGACCACCCCACAAAACAUCAUAUAUGCAUCACAGAAGGAGGCGGUCUUCAGCAGAAAUCCUGUCUGACAGGGUACCUGAUAAUGGGCCCUGAUUGCUUUACCUGGGCAGCCUGGCCAUUCUUUUGUGAGGGUUAAAACUUUAGCUCCUGAGUCCAGGUCACAGGCUCACCCUAUUCACACACAAAUAUGCCCUUAAGACAGGAUUUGUGAGCCAAAAAGACAAUGGGAAGGCUUUCCCCAUUUGCCUCCCUUACUGCAGAGGAAUAUUUGAGGUCGUUGGGAGAGUCAAAAUGGCUUCAGGAUUGCUCUCUGAUACUAUUUCAGACACAUGGUUUAUAUACUUAUGUACAUUUAUGAACAUUUAUGAACAUUUAUGUACAUUUAUGAACGUUUAAUUUAUAUUUGAGACCUUAGAGUUCUUAUAACAAAGGGGAGUGGGAUUUGGUGAGGACACAUGGGGUGUUGGCGUUGAACGGUUUCAAGUUGCCCCCUCUCUCCUGGGCAGAAACCCCACCCGGCAUCUUCUUGCUGGGCCGGAGCUUCACCUGUUGAACCUCGGCAAGUUAGCUGUCAAAGGCCAGACAGGGGAUGGGGUGGGGGGUGGGAUGCAGGGCCAACCUUUGUAUAUUCCAGGGAAUUAAUGACACUCAAUAACACCUACUGCCCGCGGACUGCCUCGCCAGAGUGGCGCAUGCUCUGGUUAUCUCCCGCUUGGACUACUGCCAUGUGCUCUACGUGGGGCUACCUUUGAAGGUGACCCGGAAACUACAACUAAUCCAGAAUGCGGCAGCUAGACUGGUGACUGGGAGUGGCUGCCGAGACCAUAUAACACCAGUCCUGAAAGACCUACAUUGGCUCCCAGUACGUUUCCAAGCACAAUUCAAAGUGUUGGUGCUGACAUUUAAAGCCCUUAAGCGGCCCAGUAGACCUGAAAGAGCGUCACCACCCCCAUCGUUCUGCCCGGACAUUGAGGUCCAGCUCCGAGGGCCUUCUGGCGGUUCCCUCGCUGCGAGAAGCAAAGCUACAGGGAACCAGGCAGAGGGCCUUCUUGGUGGUGGCCCCUGCCCUGUGGAACGCCCUCCCAUCGGAUGUCAAAGAGAUAAACAACUACCUGACAUUUAGAAGACAUCUGAAGGCAGCCCUGUUCAGGGAAGUUUUUAAUGUGUGACAUUUUAAUGUAUUUCUAAUCUUUGUUGGAAGCCGCCCAGAGUGGCUGGGGAAACCCAGCCAGAUGGGCGGGGUACAAAUAAUAAAUUAUUAUUAUUAUUAUUAUUAUUAUUAUUAUUAUUAUUAUUAUCAUCAUUAUCACUGAAAUUGAAAUACUCCAAAGCCCCUAUUCCUACCAAUCCUGCAAGACAAUUUGCUAGCGUCAAAUUCAGCAGGAUGAGACCCUGUCAGGAUGAGGCCGCUGCCAGGGGAACGAGAGGCCUUUGAGAGGAAGGGGUUUCCGCCCCGCUGUGUCUCUGCCUGACCCUUCUCUUCCUCCUCCUCUUAGGGGUUUUCCACCUGCAGUCUGGAGAUCGGCUCAACCUCCGCAUCCCUCGUUUCAACGCAUCCUUUGACCUGACCGCCCACGGGACCUUCCUGGGGUUUCUCCGUCUAUAGUGGUCUUCUCGGGGGUUCCCACCGUGAGAGACUUCGGGGCCAGAGUGUCAGUCAGCCAGAGUCAAAGACUUCUCCGUUCUGCUCCGAACUUUGAGGGUCUGAUGGGGGAGACGCUCUGGGGACCAGGGGGAUGAGCUGGUAUUUGUCGUAGGAAGCGAGGUAAAGAGCUUAGGCCAAGCUGAGCUGCUUGAUUACGUCCUUUUUCCAAGAUGGCAGAGCCUUUCCUGGCCCGCAGUGAGAGCACACAAGGCCCCCGGGAUUAUAAGAGCAACAGCAUGUUCUUUCGUGGCCGGGAAGGGUUUGCCAUCCAGGCGUCCGCCAAGGACAAAAAUGGAUUUUCCCAAGCCCUUAUGGUCGCUACUUCAAGCUUGGGAGGAUAAAAUACCCAGUACAGUGGUACCUCGGGUUACAUACGCUUCAAGUUACAUACGCUUCAGGUUACAGACUCUGCUUACCCAGAAAUAGUACCUCGGAUUAAGAACUUUGCUUCAGGAUGAGAACAGAAAUCGUGCUCUGGCGGCGCGGCGGCAGCAGGAGGCCCCAUUAGCUAAAGUGGUGCUUCAGGUUAUGAACAGUUUCAGGUUAAAAACGGACCUCCGGAACGAAUUAUGUACUUAACCAGAGGUACCACUGUAUCUAUUACGCAUCAGCAUAAAGACCUUAACGCCUUGGCACCACUGGAACGCACUUUCUAUAAACACCGUUUUCAUUGGGACACCUUUUCAGACAUUUGGACGGCGUAUACUGUCUUGUAAACUAAGAUGGAUAUGCAGUCAUACCUCGGGUUACAGACGCUUCGGGUUGCGCGAUUUCAGGUUGCGCGCCAUGCCGAACCCGGAAGUACUGGAAUGGGUUACUUCUGGGUUUUGGCGCUUGUGCAGAAGUGCCGAACGGCAACCUGCGCGUGUGCAGACGUGGCGCUGCGGGUUGCGGACGCUGCGGGUUGCGAACACGCUUCCCACACAGAUCAUGUUCGCAACCUGAGCGUCCACUGUGCUGCAAUGUUGGUUAUUGUUCUGUUAAAAGUAAACUUACAGAGGGUUGCUUUUCCCCUCCCUGCCCCCUCUUUCUCCCGCCAAAUAAUUUUUUCAAUUAAAGUAUGAUUUCAAAGCACAUGCAAACGGCGUCCACCACGUUUUGGACUACAAUUCCCAUCAUCCUGAGCGAGUGCAGUCCAACUCCCUGGCUCUGAUGGGUUUUGUAGUCCAAAACAUGGCAGGCACCAGUUUGGUGAAGGCUGAUUUAAGAACAUAAGAGCCUGCUGGAUCAGUCCAGUGCAGGACACUGAACACAGGAGCCGCUCUCCCUUCCUGUGGCUUCCAGCUGAUUCCAGCGCAUGUCUUCUUCACCCCUUCCGCCGGUCACCAGAGGGUCCGAGACGAUGACCUCAAGGGCACCCAGCCCUACAUGGACCCCUCAGCUCCCACACUGUUACACCAGCACCACAUUUAACCCCAAGCCCCUUCCCUACGCCCAUUCGCUACAUUGUUUCCAUUGGUAAACCAUGUAUACUAAUGUUUUGUAUCUCUUGAAUGGGAACGUUCUACCCAAUCAGAACCAUGCGCUCGCCCCUGCAGAGGACUAAAAUCUAUAAAAAUCCAUAGAAAAUCAACCGUAGCACCAAUUUUCUUGCUUUUGGUGCCAAUCUGCUUAAUUUCCCUAGGACUCCAUGACACCUUCACUGUCCACCAUAAUCCCUCAAGCGAGGUGUCACGUACACACAGGAAGACCCUAAUCCCGUCAAAUCACUCUGCCAAGCCUUUCCUCCGGGCAGUGCCCGGUGGCAGACUAUGCAUACAUGGACCAUUGUCCUUUCAUCACAGGUACUCAGGAUGUACUUAUCUGCGCAUAUCUCCAGCUCUGCAUAUUCCCCCCUCCCUCCUCCAUAUGUUAAUCCUGUGUAACCCAACCUCUCCUUAAUGUAUUCAUGAUGUAACCGUGAUGUAUUUUGCACUGUAUCCUGGGACAUGGAGGGAAGUUUUAAAAGUUCAUGUCACCCCUUCCUCGGGGUUCAAUCUCGCCUUGAGCCUGUUGCGCAAUAAACUUGGAUCUUCUGCAUCUUG